UGGAACCCGCGGGAGAGGGGCUCGGGAAGCCGCGCGUCCGGCCCGCCCUCGGCCCCGCGCGGCGCGGGGUCGCACCAUGCCUGCCGACACCCCGGGGAAGCUGAGGGCCUUGCCGCCGGCGGGAGCGCCGGCCGGUGCCCGCCGGACCCCGGACCAGCCCCGGAGUGCGGCCGAGCACCGGAAGGUGGGGACCCGGCCGGACGCGGUUGGCAGGAGCGGGGGGGAGAGGGGAGCUGACGCCCGCGGGACUCAGCCGCUGCCGGCCCCGCAGUCCUCCAAGCCCGUCAUGGAGAAGCGGCGCCGAGCGCGCAUCAACGAGAGCCUCGCUCAGCUCCAGAGCCUCCUCCUGGACGCCCUCAGGAAAGAGAGCUCCCGCCGCUCGAAGCUGGAGAAGGCGGACAUCCUGGAGCUGACCGUGAAGCACCUGCAGAGCCUGCGGCGCGUGCAGGUGACAGCCGCCCUCCGCGCCGACCCGGCAGUCCUGGGCAAGUACCGCGCCGGCUUCCACGAGUGUCUGGCCGAGGUGAAUCGCUUCCUGGCCGGCUGCGAGGGCGUCCCGGCCGACGUGCGGUCCCGCCUGCUCGGCCAUCUGGCGACCUGCCUGGCCCGGCUGGGGCCCUCGCGCCGCCCGCUUCCACCGGCCCCCGCCGCCGAAGUUAUGGCGCCCGCGGUGUACGCGGGCCGCCCGCCGCCGCCGGCCUUCGACGGCCCCUGCCCCUUGCCGCGCUCCGGGGCGGUCUUGGCGCCGCCCUUCCUGCCGGGCCGGACGGGGGCGCCCCUCGCCGCCCCCGGGGCCGCGGCUCAGGGCCGGGGCGCACCCUGGAGGCCGUGGCUGCGGUGAGGUCGCGGCCCCAGAGCCCGCUGAGACUGUGUCAAAAAAUAUUUA